AAGCGGAGCUGUUGUUAUUUUGGAUUCCAAGAGUCGGGAGGAGGUAGGGAGGGAGAGAGGGAGGAGGGGAAAAAGGCAUCACCACCAUCACCACCACCCCCAAAAUUCCCAAAGCAAAGAAGGACAACCCCAGAAAGGACUCACUUUGCCUGAUGACUCAACGCAACUAAUAAUCAUUUGUCUCCUCUCUGGCGAAUCCCUCGUGUUUCUGCCGCUGCCGCUUAUGCUGGCUGGAAGAGGGAGAGAUUGAAAGUGACACAUCGGGCGCUGCUCGCGGCUUAGCGGAGGUCAGAGCACCGGCUUCUGCUGCUGCUGCUGCCGCCGCCGCUUGCCCGAUAGAGUGUCCCCAUUCGGAAGCAGCCUCUCCACCCCUUUGCUUCCCCCUCCCCCUCUUGUUUCUUUCCCCCCUUUUUGCCGAAGGGGUGAGAAACCGUCUCCCCCUCCCCUGUCUUUCUCCCCCGCCUCCUUCCCUCCCGAUCCCAGAAGUCUCACCUCUCCUUUCCAGUUGCCACCUCGGGUGCCCUUUUGGGAAGAGCUCUUUCCUCAAAGCAUCCAGCCGUUUCAGGCGCAAGACGACCAGGCAUCCUGACCCGGGAACGAAAAAAAAAAAAGGAAAAAAAAGGGAAAAAUAAUACCCCCCCUCCCCACAACUUAAGGCGUCAGUGGGGUGGGGUAGUGGGGAGAAACGAAAAAGGCAAAGAAGAAAAUAAAGUAGCAAGAGGAGCCAAGAAAACUUUCCACCCUGGAUUCUCUACUUUUGAUCCAUGGACAGAGCCCAAGUCAGCCAAGUUACGGACAGAGUAUAAGCAGUCCUUGCUCAUUUUAUUGUGACCUGCCUGUGGGAACGUUGUCUCCAACUCAGAGUAAUAUGGAUCGGAGAAGCGAGAGUCCCUGCUUAAGGGAUAGCCCAGAGAGAGGGAGCGGCAGCCCUGAUGUCAAAGGUCCUCCCCCGGUGAAGGUGGCCAGGCUUGAACAGAAUGGCAGCCCUAUGGGAGCCAGAGGGAGGCUCAAUGGUUCUGUCACCAAAUCAGUGGGAGGUUUGAUGAUCCCCGUCUUUUGUGUGGUGGAACAACUGGACACUUCUCUUGAAUAUGAUAAUCGAGAAGAACAUGCAGAGUUUGUUCUGGUUCGUAAAGAUGUGCUUUUUAGUCAGCUGGUAGAGACUGCACUCCUGGCACUUGGAUAUUCUCACAGCUCUGCAGCUCAGGCACAAGGAAUAAUCAAACUUGGGAAAUGGAAUCCACUUCCACUAACUUAUAUGACAGAUGCACCUGAUGCAACAGUAGCUGACAUGUUGCAAGAUGUCUAUCAUGUUGUGACACUGAAAAUUCAAUUACAAAGUUGUUCGAAGCUAGAAGAUUUGCCAGCAGAGCAGUGGAACCAUGCCACAGUCCGCAAUGCCUUAAAGGAGUUGCUCAAAGAGAUGAAUCAGAGCACGUUAGCCAAAGAAUGCCCUCUCUCCCAGAGUAUGAUAUCAUCCAUUGUAAAUAGCACAUAUUAUGCAAAUGUGUCAGCUACUAAGUGCCAGGAGUUUGGAAGAUGGUAUAAAAAGUACAAGAAGAUUAAAGUGGAACGAGUUGAAAGAGACAACCUGUCAGAAUAUUGUGUUCUUGGUCAACGUCCCAUGCACUUACCGAAUAUCAACCAGCUGGCAACUUUGGGCAAAACAAAUGAACAGUCUCCUCAUGGUCAAAUUCACCACAGUACUCCAAUCAGAAACCAAGUGCCAACGUUGCAGCCAAUCAUGAGCCCUGGUCUUCUCACACCUCAACUCAGCCCACAGCUUGUAAGGCAACAAAUAGCAAUGGCCCAUUUGAUAAACCAACAGAUUGCAGUAAGUCGGCUCCUGGCUCAUCAGCAUCCACAGGCAAUUAAUCAACAGUUUCUAAAUCAUCCGCCUAUCCCUAGAACAGUCAAACCAGAACCAACAAAUUCAUCAGUGGAAGUCUCUCCAGAUAUCUACCAGCAAGUCAGGGAUGAGCUGAAGAGGGCCAGUGUCUCCCAGGCAGUCUUUGCAAGAGUGGCUUUCAAUCGCACCCAG